AUGACCGAGCCUUCCCACCCAGUCGCGCUCAACAUCUCCCGUCCAACCACCCCGCUCCAGCCCACCAACACCGUGACAACGCCCGCCAUCAACCCCACAACCCCUACGACGAGCCCAACAGCAACCCGUCCUCCAACCCCACGACGCCCCUCCACCCCCUCCGCCACCGCGCCUCCCCCCUCGCCAACAACAACACCCCUCCCCGCCACCGCCACACCAAACAGCUCCAGCACCAUAACCGUCACCCUCGGCGACGCAACCCGCACCCUCCACUUCCCCGCCGCGCUCCUCCCCAACUUCACCGCCUGGCCCCAACAACAACAACCCCCUCAGGCAGACCAUCACCAUAGUGCUGCUGGCGAUGUCCCCACCACCACAACCAUCGCACCCGCACCCGCACUCGCACCCGCACCCGCACCCGCACCUUCCGCCGCCGCCGUCGCUGCCACUGGCGCACCACACCAGCUACGGGCCGACCACCACCUCCUCAUCAACCUCACCCCGCAGAUGCGCCUCCUCCCGGGGGUGGUGGUAGGGGCAGGGGAGUGUGAGGCGGGCCUGGACGCGCUGGAGGUUUUGGUGCGGGCGAUGGUGCGAGGGCGGGAUGUUGUUGAUGGGGAGAAUCGGGAGGUGGAUGUGAAUGUGGAUGUGGAUGUGGAUGUGGAUGUGCUGUGGCGGUUGGCUGGGUUGAGGGAGGCGUUGGGGCUGGCGCCGGGGUGGGUUGCGUGGUUGAGGGGGUGCAUGGGGCGGUUUGUGAGGGGGUUGGAGGGGUUUGGGGUGGUGGCUGGGUGGAUGGAUGGUUGGGAGGGGGGGUUGAAUGGUGGUGAUGGUGAUGUUGUUGGGAGUGGGGUGGAUGGGGAGGCGUUGGAGAGGGUGCUGGGUGUUUGUGAGAUGUUUGGGUGGGCGGAGGAGUUGAGUGUGGUGGUGGCGAGGGCGGCGUAUGUGUGGGGAGUUGGGGAGGAGAGGGAGACGGGGGACGCUGUUCUGGUGAAGCCGGACGGUGGCAGAGUUGAUAUGGCGGUUUGUGGGAAAGGGCCUGUUGACGCCAUUUUGGCUGCUCGCAAGAAGGCUCUCGAGCAUGUCUUUGCCGCCGCCCAGCAGUCUCUCUACAGAUGGACGGUUGGAAUCGGCAGUCACCCCUGCGGUAACAUUUCCUGCAACACCCGUCGCAUUGCGGCCCUGAACACGUUUCUUCUCGGGUCCGGUCUCUACCCUCGCACCAAGUUGAGAAAGCCACUGCAUGGUAUUAUCUCGGCGCUUCAAUACAUCACCGCAACCGACGCCGAGCUAGCGGCAUUUGCCAUUGAAUACGGCCAUGAAGAUGAGUACGUCUGCGAUAGGCUCCGCUGGGCCGCCCAAAUACGCGAGGCGUACAAAGGCACCUGCACCCAAUGUGAUGAGAAGACACCCACCAGCAUGCUGUUUCCUCUGGAGGACCUCCUCUAUGAUCUCACUUCCGAGUUGCAGGGCCACUUGGCGGCAGUUUCCUCUGGAGGACCUCCUCUAUGAUCUCACUUCCGAGUUGCAGGGCCACUUGGCGGCAGAUGCUCACGCUCGGCGAAGUUGAAAGACACGGGAUGACUGCUGAGUUGAAUGGUCGAAGAUUAGAAUUGGGAAUAGAAGACAGGACUGGUAAUAUGGAGUCUGAAGUUAUGCUGUAUGUUGGACGGGAGCGGGGUUGAUCAUCACUCUUACGACAUAGGCAUUUAGAACAUGGCCUCCCAUCUACAUUAAGGAUGACAAAACAAUGACAUCCUCACUUUUGGACUUGAGUCUUUGCCAAGUGGCUGUCAGGUGGGUAUGUUGUUGAACGCAGAACACCUGACUAACAGACU